GCGAAGAAAAAUAAGAGAAACAGAGAAAAACAAGAUAUAAGGGACUAAAAUGAUCUAACCCCUAUACAUUAAGGACUAUUCUGAUAAUAAUAUUUUCAAGGCUUUUUUCUUCCAAUUUCCGGUUUGACUACACCGGCGAGCAGAGAAAAGAGUAAUGGCCACUGAGGUUACUGACCGGAAUCUCUCAACUCCGACAUUCUUCGUCGCUGUACACGUCGGCGCUGGUUAUCACUCGCCGUCGAAUGAGAAAGCUCUCCGUUCAGCAAUGAAACGUGCGUGUCUCGCUGCCGCUUCCGUUCUCCGAAAGGACGCUGGUGGAUGCAUAGACGCUGUAACAGCAGCAAUUCAAGUACUGGAGGAUGAUCCAAAUACAAAUGCUGGACGGGGUUCAAAUUUGACAGAGGAUGGUCAUGUGGAGUGUGAUGCUAGUAUUAUGGAUGGUGAUUCUGGAGCAUUUGGUGCCGUAGGUGCAGUGCCAGGUGUCAGAAAUGCCAUUGAGAUUGCUACUUUGUUGGCCAAGGAACAGAUUUCUGGUUCUUCACUGCUUGGACGAAUAUCUCCAAUGUUUUUAGUUGGAGAAGGUGCCCGUGCAUGGGCGAAGUCCAAAGGUGUUGUUUUACCAUCAACUCUGACAGAGGCUGACGAGUCGCUUGUUACUGAGAAGGCAAGAACCCAAUGGAAAAGAUACAAAGCAAUGCUUGAUGAUGCCAAAGCUGUAAAUGAUUCUCCUAACAUAAAGAUGACCAAUGCUAAGGAGACUAAUACAACAUCUGUAGAGAGCCAACCAUCUGAUCAAUUCAGGGGAGAUGGAGUGGGUGACCAAAUCUCCUUGCUCGAUGCAUUAGAUGAAGACUUAAUUUCAGACACUGUUGGGGUUAUCUGUCUCGAUUCGAAAGGACAUAUGGCUUGUGGAAGCUCUAGCGGUGGGAUAGCACUGAAGAUAAGUGGGCGCGUAGGUCUAGCAGCGAUGUAUGGUUCCGGUUGUUGGGCAUCGUCAAGGGGACCUUUUGGAGCUCCAUUUAUGGUGGGAUGCUGUGUCAGUGGUGCUGGAGAGUACCUAAUGAAAGGAUUUGCUGCUCGGGAAUGCUGUAUCUCAUCAUCACUGUCUCAAGCUGGUCCAUCUUCUGCAUGUAAAAAGGUUUUGCAAACUAUUAAAGAAAAUAGCCAAUGCAGUGUUGACCGAAGUGCUGGAUUCCUUCUAGUUCAAGCAGAGCCUCCAAGACUGGUUGGGGGCAGUUUGGCUAGGCUGGAAGCUGUUGAGGUUGCAGCUGUAUAUUCUUCCUCGUCCUUUGGAAUAGGUUAUUUUGGCAGCUCUAUGGAUAUACCCAAGGUUUCAGUGCUUAGGAGUAAAAAACAGCAAAAUAAAGCUGGAAUUGAUGAGUUUGCUGCACGGAUUAAUCUCGUCUCCAAGGAACAGUAGUGUUGCAGCAGGAGUUGUCAAUUCGACAAAAGACUUGCCAUUUCAAUGGCAUCCAUCAUCAGUUGAACUAAUCAUCCAAGAUACGUCUGAGACCAAUAGACUUGCAGUUGAAGGAACGUAGUUGAGCCAAAAGCUAAGAGAGGAAUAACUCAAGUUUUUAUUUCAUAUGGAAAAGGGUCUCCUUUUGGGAUGAAGAGUUAAUGAGGUUUGCCUCAUUUACACAAAAAGCUAAAAAAAUACUUGAUUUGACAUUUGUAAUCUGGUUGUGUUGUUGCAAAGAAGAGAGAAAAUUUGCCAAAUAAUGGGCAAUGGUUUUGACAGGAGAAAGAAAUGUUUAUUUAACUUAGUUGUCCAUUUUUGAAAAGUGGAAAAAAAUGUUGAAUUUUAAGUAAUAAUUAUUGAAAGCUGAA